UUUAAUGUUAAGUGAUGUGGAAUGUGAUUCACUCCUAAGGAGGAGCUAAUUUAGGAGCGUGGACAGCCCGGAGGAAGAGAGGACUGGUCGGUGUGCGCAGUAUCUCAGCUCUUUCUUCUCCAUAUUCCGGAUCCUUAAAGGUCUUCUACAGGCACAGCAGGGGAUUCAGGAUGGAGCGGAUGGAGUCAAUGGAGCCGAUCUCGGCGAGCUACACCACCGCUUACCCGGAGAUCAAGCCCGACAGCGGCUACGGCUCCGGAGAAAACACGGAGAACCAGGCGAAGACCCCGACUUAUGAUGAAGACCUGGUGCACAAGACUAUUUUGGUUGGAGACAGUGGAGUAGGGAAGACAUCUCUUCUAGUUCAGUUUGACCAGGGCAAGUUCAUCCCGGGCUCCUUUUCUGCCACAGUUGGAAUCGGAUUUACGAAUAAAGAAGUAACUGUUGAUAAUGUGAAAGUCAAACUACAGAUUUGGGACACAGCAGGACAGGAACGGUUCAGGAGUGUGACUCAUGCAUAUUACCGAGAUGCGCAUGCCUUGCUGCUUUUGUAUGACAUCACCAACAAAUCGUCGUUUGACAAUAUUAGGGCAUGGUUAACAGAAAUCCAUGAGUACGCACAGACUGAUGUAGUCAUCAUGUUGCUCGGCAACAAGGCUGAUAUGAGCAGUGAGCGAGCGAUCAGGAGAGAUGAAGGAGAAAGGCUGGCCAGAGAGUAUUCGGUUCCUUUCAUGGAGACUAGCGCAAAGACGGGAGUCAACGUAGAGCUUGCCUUCACAGCUGUAGCCAAGGAACUGAAGCAUCGCGCUGCCCGGCAUCCCAAUGAAUCCAAGUUCCAAAUUCAUGAAUAUAUUGAGUCACAGAAGGAGAAGUCCGGCUGCUGCAGUUACUUCUGAAUCUUCCGUCCAAAAACUGUCAGUCGACGACACGUAGAAAGAAGAGUGGGUGGAACUGAGCGAUGCUGCCAAAACUUCACGCUGCCAUUCAUGGGGAAUAAAUCCCUACAAUUACAUCCGUUAGAAGAGUCUCGGAGAAAGGAACCAGGUAUUAACUCAGAUGACUCAAGGUUUAGUUCUGAGAAAGAGAUUUUUUCAAACUCUUAAGACUUUAUCAGAAACAGGAUUUUUGAUGUAAAAAACUGCUGUUUUUAAUUAUUGAAACACUGCCUUAAAAUGAUCUGUACUCAACUGCGGGGUGAGAGUGUGGGCACGACUUUAAAAGCCCCUUUCUAAAGGUUAAAGAUAACUUUUCCAAAUUAAAAAAAUGACGCAGAGUGCUGAGCAAAAGAUCCUCUAUACCCAAGACAUGAGUGCACAUUUGUAUGGAACCUUGACUGGGCCAGCUGAGUAGUAAUCAUUUCAUACUGUAUUUAUCUAUAUAGCACUUCUAAACAAAGUGCAGUACAGGCAGGUAAAGCAGACAAUAAAAUUGUAUUUUGGCUUAGAGUAAUGAGGUCAAAGUUCAAAGCAUUGCAUCAGUUUAAGUACCUUUUAAAGAC